UAUAGUCAAAAUUUUAAAAAGAAAAACUAUGUUUCUUUUCAAAUUAUUAGGCCACCUUGAAGGAAUAACUAGCCAAUGCAUACAGUGAGCAUAGAGGGCGCUAAUGGGUAAGACAACUUCCUGUGUAGCAGGAAGUUGUAUCAGAACUCUAUGGUGCUUGGGCACCUUCGGAAGCUCUUGGCUUUGGACGUUCAAUUUGCACUUUUAAAAUAUGAGCCGUAAAAGGAACCAUAGCUUUAUGGAAGCAGGACAGUCCUGCGAAUCUCAAAACACAUCAAUGGAUGCUACUGCCACCUCCGCUCGAUCCGACGAGAAUUUCCCCGAACUUGAUUCCGACGAGGAGUUGGUGUGUUCCGUGAGCGCAAUCACCGAGCACCUUGGCAGAAACAUAACAGUGGUACUCGAAGCGGCCCUGUCCGAAAUACGAAAAAUAGUAAGUGUGCGGAUAAGGGUCCUCAAAAUGGAGCUUAAAGAGAAAACCGACGAGAUCGAGCUUCUCAAGGCGAGGCUUGAGUCGGUGGAAAGAGACGGAAGAGAGUCGAGUCUGCCGACAGCAGAGCCAUCCACAUUUGUGAGGAAAUCGGAGCUCCAUCCCAGUCAAAAACACAACGCCGAUCAAAGGAAAAUAAAACAGGGCGCCCCCGUUGUUAAAAAGGAAAACAUCAAUGCCAUUUGUGACUAUCUGAUGAAAGACAAAAAUUCGCGGGGUGGUGCUGAAGUGGAUAGCGACCAAAACAACCAGGCCUAUAAUCACCCUGAUCGAAACACCCGUCAUGAACCGCAUGCGUCCCUCAGUCUCUGGACAGACGGCGGAGGCUCCGGGGACUCCGUGACUGACACAGCCGCAGAGGACAUCUUCAAUAUGCUUCCCUCCGCCAGUAAACGCCUGUAUGACUACGAAUGGAUGGCAGGAGUGGAACUGAACUCUAAUGAAUUCAAAGGUGAGUCUGAAUCAAAGUGUGAGAAUGUCACUGUGGCAAGAGAGAGAGCUGAAGAAGAGGAAGAAGGCCCCGAUGAAGGGAGGGAGAGGGAGGGACUGGGAUCGGUUCCCGAAACCCCCACCACUGCCUUCGCUCUGGAUGCUCACAGCUCCCCAGGAGAGAACAGAAGCAGUCCUGGGGGGGACAGCAUGGACCGGUUAGAUCCAGGCCAUCACUUCUCUGCUCACACCUUCAUCUGCCCCUUCUGCGGAACCCUCUGCCCUGACUCCUUGUUUCUGGAGGAGCACUUGAAGCUGAUGCACGGAGAUGAGAGCUCCCAGGCCUUGCAGUCUCCCCCCGGUGGCUCCUCCUCUUCCCCCCGCAGGGAAGGUGAUGAGGUCGGGCCGGGGCGGGCCGGUACAGCCGUCCCGGAGGUUCCGCCCACGCGUUUUCCCCGCGAGAAGAAAUCGGAGGGAGGCUACGAGUGUGGUGACUGCGGCCGGCGCUUCAACUACCUGGGCAACCUGCGGCAGCACCAACGCAUCCACACGGGCGAGAAGCCGUUCGCCUGCCCUGAGUGCGGCGAGCGCUUCCGCCACGCCGCCCGCCUGAAGAGCCACCGGCUUAGCCACAGCGGCGCGCAGAGCCCCUUCCCCUGCCCACAGUGUGGCAAGGGCUUCCCAGUGCUAUCCGGACUCAAGCGUCACCAGCGCGUGCACACAGGCGAGAGCCCCUACGCGUGCCCGCAGUGCGGCCGUCGCUUCAAGGAGCUGGGCAACCUGUACACACACAUGCGCAUCCACAGCGGCGCCACGCCCUACUCCUGCUACCAGUGCGGCCGCAGUUUCCGGCACUUGGGGACUUACAAGAGUCACCGGUGCACGCCUGUCACCCAGCUGCCCAGUGGGCACAGUCCAGCAUGGGCUCAAGAGGACAAGGUACAGACGGGCUAGCAGAACUGGCAUUUCUCAUCCGAUAUGGUACUGCCAAGGUGUCUCACAACAGCUGUAUGGGACAAAUAGACUCAUUGGUGCCAAUGAGUUAUGAAUGAGUAGACAGAGGUAGGAUGUUGGUAAAGAAAGAAGUGACCCUCUUCUGCUGUCUUUCUGGUGCAGAUAAGCUUAAUAUACUUUUUGACUAGCAUAAAUAAAUUGAGCUGACUGAAUUAUUUGUUGGGUUAUUUUCUCACUAGCAGAAAACCACACAUGCUGCUUUAACACUGGUUCAAAGGCGUAUCAAAGAAAUAUAUGGCAUUAAAAGACUCUCACAUGGAAUAUGAACUGUAUAUGCUUAACCAGAACAUGAAAUCAUGCAUGUUAAUUUCUGAGAAAACCAUACUUUUAUGAGAGUAUGGUACACCUGUUGCUUUUAAUACGGAAGAAUUUAUAGUCUGUCUUCUUUUUAUUGUUAGAACAAUUUGUUAUUAGUUAUUAUUAUGUCUGCAACAUGCAGGUCUAAUCUGAUUUCUGCUUCAAUUCUGCAAAUCACCUUAGUUUCAAUGCAAUGACACCUGUUGUGCUAUGCGUGUCCUUUUGAGAGUGAGGUCAUAAUUGAACAGUGGUGCCACCUUCUGGGCUGUAUGUUUUACUGCAUUAUCUGCGUUAUUUGGUUUAUUGGCAAUACACUGAACUGCCUGUUGCAAUUGUACGUAUUAUCUUUACCAGUGUACUACUUUCUCUGUAGUCAUGUAAUUUACACUAUUAACACUUAUUUUGUUUUUUUGUUUGUUUUUGUUUUUGUUUUUUUUACAUAUGGCCACAUUGUUUAAUAACUAGGCUUUACCAAUAAUGUGAAAAAAAAACUGGAAAAUAAAACUGUUAAAAAUUA